CCCGGGACAGAAGUUUAUAGUGGGCCCCGUUGGGGUGCAGUGGAGCUGGCAGGAGCCCACCGGGCCGGUUCUGUCCCUCAUUCUCCCCAUUGGGGUGUCGGGGUAGAGGGGUAGGAGUGUUGCCGCCAGAGCCCGGAGGGGUGUGGCGGCGGGCCCGCUCGCACCGCCCCGGCUCCGCCCCCGCCGGGGUCCUCGCCAUCCUCUGCGCUUGCCCCGGCGUUCUGCUCCGCCCCGAGCAGGGCCGCGAUUGGGGCAUGGCGUCGGCCUCCGCCUGAGGAACAGGGCCGUAGUAGGAAACGCGGGCGCCGUCCCACGCUCUCGCCGCGCCGCGAUGGAGGAGGACCCGGAGCUGGAGAGGAAAGCUGUGGAAGAGUUGCUUAAAGAGGCAAAACGUGGGAGAACCAGAGCUGAAACAAUGGGAGCUAUGGGUUGGUUGAAAUGUCCUCUUGCUGGUACAAAUAAAAGAUUUCUUAUUAAUACCAUCAAAAACACGUUACCAUCACAGAAGGAACAAGACCAAGAACGUGAGCAAAAGGAAGACAGUAAGGAGCCUGAGCCAAACAAAAGCAGGAAAGAAGAAAAACCGAAGAAACGCAGAAUUCAUCCAUACACUCCCAGCUUUCAGUCCAGGAGGAGAGUCAGCUAUUCUCCUCCCAGGCACCGAAACAGGAACCAGCACACAAAGGAGAAGCAUGAAAAGCGAUCAAGCAAACGAUGAGGAGUGGGGAGUGAUGAAUAUGUGUUGUUGCAAGCCAGGAAUGUCAUUAAGCAUUGCACACUGCAGGGGUGUCUCUGAUUUUCAGGAAAAGAUGCCCUUCAAUAUUGAAUUUGGAACCAAGUUGCUUGUGUGAGAAGUAACCUUGGGAUAGCUUUAGCAAACCUUUCUUUGGGACCUUUAAGAGAAAAGCAAAGUGCAGAAUAAAUACUUCAUUUGUUUUAGAACAGACCUUUCCCUUUGCUCCAUUUCCCUCUCCCCCUCUGGCUAAGCUUAGGGUCUUGGUGAUGGAGCGUGAGAUGUAUGUCACUGUCCAAUACAACUCAUUUAGUCAUGUCACUCUUUUGGAAAUAAAUUUAAAUUAAGCAGAAAUCUAUUUAUUGUGUAAAGUUGACAGAACUUCUUUGCUGCUAAACAAUAGAGAAGUUUUGUGCGUUUGGCUUAGUUUAGCUUUACAGAAUCUAGAAGAAGGGAAAGCUGGUCAGUGACUGGCCAAGCUCGUGUGGUUUUUUAUGGAAUAUACAAGUUUGCUUCCUUUAGUAUAAAAAGAACAAAUUUAAAAUGGAUAACACUGGUUUUGCUUGCCAGGAGCAGCCACUACGAAUUGUACUGAUUUUGCUUGUUGUAUAUUCACAAACCUGUUGUAGAUAAUAAACAUUACCCCUAAAAAGCCAUAACUGCAAUAAUUAUCUCUGUUUAGACUCUACUCUGUAGUAACCUCUAGUAGUUUGAACAGCCUGUUGUCAUGGUGCUUUCAAAACAAAUCUUGAAGACAAAAUUAUUUUGCUCUUUGUCCAUUGCUAGGAAGUUUCCAAGUAAAUGUGUAAUACUAGAAAUGCAGAGGUGAUGCUUAGAACAGUCAAAUGCUCACUUUCCAAGCCUGUGUAACAGUUCUGUAGGGGUACAGGUCUUAAACUUGUAAUGACUUGGAGCACAUGUAAUACACAUCAGCAUAUUGUGGGUCUCACUUCUCUUUGUGUCAGAAUAACAAACUUCUAUGUGAAAUAUUUUGUAUUUCAGUAUUCUCAAAAAUUACUGUUUUGAAUAUAGGUUUCUGUUUUUAAGUGUGUUAACAAUAAAAUCGAAAAUGUUC